AUGAACCGAUUCCGAGGCCGAAAGAAGGGCAAGGAUGAGCUCGACGCACCUCGGCCGUCGGUCGAGUCCGAGUCGUCAAGCCCAUUCAAGAUGUUUGGCAAGAAAAAGGCACCAGAGGAAGAACCGAAAAAGGAGAUCGACCUUGCCUCAGCUCUUCCAUCAACCGAUGAGUUCCGAACUAGUCUGCUCAUGACCAACCUUUCAGCCCGCUUCUCCAUGUUGCGUGAGCAGGAUGACCCCAACACCAAGGUUGGUAAGGCUAGCGACGACAGCGUCCUCUUCCCUAAAAGGCAAUCAAGAAUGAUGGACUUUGGUUUCAGCGCUGGGUUGGGAGAUAUUGCCGAGGUUGAAUCUAUCCGAGCCCCCUUUGCUCGAUCAUCCUUUCAGUCAUCAGAUGAUGCCGCUUCAACAUCAGGGAGCAUGAUGGGCCGCUCAAAGCCCACAGAGGGAAACAACCUUUUUGGAGGUCGCCAGAAGAUUUACAAGAUUGCUGCGGGAGGCAGUGGAGCCAUGAGUGGUCGAGCCCUUUACGACGACGACGUCGCUCAGUCAGCGUUCCAGAAGUGGCGGCAGGCCGAAAAGGAGAGACGACAAUCCCUUGAGGAUCUGGACCAGAAUGACUCGGUGGAAUCAGAAACCGCUCGACCAGAGUCUCCUGCACAGCCGGAUUACAACAGGAAGCGAGAGACCAACUCGACCACUUCCUCUGGCCCUCGAAACUCAACAGCCGCAACCUCGGUCAACUCCUCACAGCCUGCUUCUGUAAAGGACUGGCAAUCCUUCGCUGGCACAUCACGUACUGUCAGCCCAACUCCCCCGAUGGAACGGAGUGUGACCCGGACACGUCGACUGUACGAGCAGAGCCUGAACCAAGAUGUCCAAGAUCAGCAGUCAUCCGCUCUCUCGAGACUGGAUACUCUCUCAAGGCGAACCCUGGGCAACCGAACACCAGACCUCACACCCACUCUCCCUUCUCCAGCCAGUGCUACGUUUGGAGACCGAUUCGUGAAUCGAUCGAUUCUCGCCAAGGCCAGUGCCCCGAAUUUGAGGUCUUUCAGCCCCCCGACAUCAUCUCAGCUGGGCCCUGUUGACUCUGCCAACAAAUACCCUAGCGUCGAAGAGAAGGCUUUUGGCGCCACUCCGCCUCUCAGCCCUCCUAUUAGUGAGACGGGAGAAGCUCAGCCACUUGAUCGAAGCAAGCUCCUCAACGGCAGGUCAAGCGGUCAAUAUGAUGAGAACAGAUAUGCCCAGCGACAGGUGCAAAUGCAGCAGGGUCGAGACACUCCUACCAACCGUUUCCGCGCCGAGUCAAACGCCUCGCAACCAGUUAGCGUCUCCCGAUCAUCUUCAACCAACCGAACUUUUGAGAAGCACGACUCUUCUCUGCUCAAGACGGAACCAACUGUUCAGGAGGAAACCCAACCUUCGACUUUCUUUGACGAUGAUGACGAUGAUCAACCCCUACCAAGCGAGGUCCCCCCUCCCCAAAACCCACCACCUCCCCCACCUCAAGUCCAUGUUGAGAGGCCUGCCGAUCAUGAGCACCCAGCUUUCAGAAAAUCUGCACUCCCAACCCCUCUGUCUCUUUCUGACAGACCCGAAAGCAUAGCUUCUCGCGCCAAAGAUGAGUCCCCCGAGGACUCACCCACCCUGGGACCCGCCUCUGGGGGCUUGAGCGGCAUGGUGCGUCAACAUCUGCGAAACGACAGUACUGCAUCGUCUGUUUAUGGCAGCCUGCCAAACGAUGCUGAUCUGGCGUCACGAUUCCCACCUGAGCGCCCCGAUGCGCACGCUUACGAGCCAAUGACGGUUAACGCAAAUGCUUGGGAAACCAUUGAGAGGGAUCUGGCCAUGUCGAUUGAUGGCAGCGUCACUAGCCCUACGCGAUCCUCAGGCUUGGUGGAAGCUCAGAUCCUGUCUGCUCCUAACUCUGCUCGAAACUCCAAGUUGGAGAAUGACCAAGGGGACGAGCCGGACGAGUUUGCUCGACAUCUUGCUGAUGGUGCAAGACGUGUUCGGGAGAGACUGACCUCAUAUGUUGAAGCUGACAGCAGCAAGUUGGUGCCGGCCGCUCCACCUGUUUCUGAGCUUCCCCCUCCACCUCGUCCCAAUGCCCUGGGAAUUCUGAAGUCCAAGUCAAGCCGUGGCUCUCUGGUUGACCGUGGCCGAAUGGAUCGAGAAACCCAGAGCCAGUCAAAGGCGAAGAAGCUGCUUGGCCUCCGUGGUUCCUCUCCAGCCCCUGCGUCCGCCUCUCCCCGACGUAGCUCGUUCGAGUUUAGCGAUGAAGCCCAGCGAUCCCCUGAAGACAGAGAUGACAGAGAUGGUCAACAAGGCCCCGAGGAGAAGGAGAACAUGCAUGCCGGUCUCAAGGCGUUCCGACAGGCUCGACGCGAGCUUCAGAGGAUGAAGGAGCUUGAGGUCCAACAGCGUUACCAGGCCCCGCAGAAGGCCCCUCCAAGUCGAGAUCGAGCACAGACGGCUGGCUCACGACCGCCAUCACAGGAACGCAGGCCUCCCCCAGUCACGUACAACCGUGUGCCAAGUGAGGAGGUGAGAAACGGGAGCAACUCUCGUUCUGCAUCCCGAGCGCCCUCCGAGCGCGACCGGAGCGGUUCCGAGGCUAGUAGUGGAGGUCGUUCCGGUAGUCGACCACCACGCUUGAGAAACGGCUCGAUCCCGCGUGAUGAUCACCACAACCCUCUGGCCUCACCCAUGGGCCCCAAUGGUAUGCCUCGACAGGGUCCGAUGCUGAGAUCGCAGAUGAUGCCGGGACAGGAUAUGCGACGCUCCCCACACGUGCCACCUCAGUCAUUCGCUGUUGGCAAUGCUUCCCCUGGGAGAUUCAACCGCCCAGACAACAACUUGCACAUUCAGCCUGGCCACGGAUAUGAUGCUGGGCAACCAUCCCCAAUCACGCCUCUGAGCGGAGCCCCGUCCCCCUAUGGUCCUGGCGCUGGUCCUCGAGGGCCCUACGGUGGACCAUACCCUGGCGGUGUCAUGCGAAACAGAGACAUGUCGGAGCCUUCGAUCAUGUCACCAACGUCGCAGAUGGGUCCUCGGGAUGCCCUUCGACCAGGCCCUGGAGGUCUCAACGGCGGCGCGGCUUCAACACCCAACCUGCAUGGCAACAUGACUGCACCACCCCUGCCACCGAUCAACCCUCGACGCAAGAACACUGGCACCACCUUGGGUGACGGUACAAUGGGCUCUCACCACCCUCUGAGCGCUGCUGGUGGCGAUGAGCACCGCGCCGGAUUCCGUAGCGAAGAUGACGAUAGCGCCGGACUCUACCGCCAACGACUACGAAAAGCAACGAGCGAAGCGAACGGUAUGAACGUACGAGCGAGAUCGAUGCGACAAAGCCCUCCCCAUCCGAUGGCCCCUCCGCCUCUGCCUCCUAGCAUGAGCAGCAACGUGCUUCCGGGAGGCAUGAUCUGA